UGCGCCUCGGUGAGUAGUUCCUCGGUCACCGCUGCGCUGAUCGCCGUGAGCGCCCGCAACGCAGGAGGCAUGGUACUCUGGCGGGCAUAUCAGAGGGCCCUGGCUGCCCAUCCGUGGAAAGUCCAGGUCCUGACCGCUGGGUCCCUGAUGGGCCUAGGUGACAUUAUCUCACAGCAGCUGGUGGAGAGGCGGGGUCUCCGGGAACACCAGACAGGCCGGACCCUGAUCAUGAUAUCCCUGGGCUGUGGCUUUGUGGGCCCUGUAGUAGGAGGCUGGUACAAGGUUUUGGACCGAAUCAUCCCUGGCACCACCAAGGUAGAUGCGCUAAAGAAGAUGUUGUUAGAUCAAGGAGCUUUUGCGCCAUGUUUUCUAGGCUGCUUUCUCCCACUGGUAGGGACGCUCAGUGGAUUGUCAGCCCAGGACAAUUGGGCCAAACUACAGAGGGACUAUCCUGAUGCCCUUAUCACCAACUACUAUCUCUGGCCUGCUGUGCAGUUAGCCAACUUCUACCUAGUCCCCCUGCAUUACAGGUUGGCUGUUGUCCAGUGUGUUGCUGUUGUCUGGAACUCUUACCUAUCCUGGAAGGCACAUCAGCCCUAAGCCUGCCUUACUCCACUGACUUCAUCUUACAAUGAUGAACCCUGGAAUGGUCAGACAACCUCCUCAAAGUGGGCACAUUGGUUUCCUUGCUGGUCAGAGCUUAAUGAGAUUAACACUCUGAAAUAACACAUUCCAUUUCUAAAAUGUAAACUGCUUUUGAAAUCAC